AUGUCGUUACGGCCGCAAGCUUUUGGCGCUGACACCAGCAACAGUAGUAUGUCGAAUGGAAAUCAUGUGUUAACCGAUGCCUCCGAAGGAUCAGCGAGCGACGAAGCUCAACCGUUAAAGGUGCGUACAGGCAACGGCCGAGACCCAUUCUUCCUGCUCGUAGAUACUCUCCCGAAGAUGAACAGCAAAACCUUGCUCAGAGAUUUCCAGCGAUUCUUGCUUUUUUUAUUUCCCUUGCGGGAAUUAAAGGUGGGGCCUGCCAUGCGAAACACAACCUUUGCUAAUCUUCUCUCUGAGGGAAGAACGUCUACAACGCACGUCAUCCGUAUAAUGUCUCGAGCGCACACUCCUGCACGACUUAACCUUUGCUUUCUCUUUUUUUUCCACACCGGGCAGGCCGCCCGCGUACCGUCUCUGUCGUCUUCGGAGCGCGUGAACGUCCCGGUGGGGCACUGGCGAGACAGUAUUUGGGAUAUCUUUCGACUCGGGUACUGUCACAGCUCGAUGUGGACGAGUUGUUGUUGUACGCUGGUUGGUGCCGGGCAGGUAGCAACCCGUCUACACUUGACGUAUCGGGGAGAACCAGGAAGGCCUUCCGUCACGAGUCUCGCCUUUCGGAAACUCGUAUCCAUUGUUCUGUCCUUUUGGGUGACCAGGUUGAUAAUGUUGAUGAUAAUUACCGUAUUGGACCCCAACGUGGACAGCCUCGAGUGGGUGGAGCCUCCAACAUCCUACUACGUCUUUUGUGCCAUUGACGAUUUGCUGGCCUACAUUUAUUUGGGUUUCACGGUGCUGGUGCUCCGGAAUUUGCGAUCGCACGUCCGCAGUGCCUACGCCAUUCCGGAAGAGGGGUACUGCGUAGGUGGCUGCGAAGAUACCUGCUGUAGUUUGACGUGUCCUUGCCUGGUGAUUGGACAGCUUCUAAGGCACACAGCCGACUACGAAUCGUACGGGGCUCGGGGCUGCUCCGCUACCGGCUUGGUGGGACACGCUCCCUCUAUUGUAUAAACAGAAAGUACUCGAACAUACACAACCGUAUCGGUGGUCCCCUGGAUCGUUCCGACACGAGCGCAACAGCCUGGGGGCUUGGGGGAUGAGUUUCUACACUCAGACUGCCGCGACGACGGCAUUCUCUGCUAGAAGCGACGGGUAGAGAAUCAUGACAGGGACAAACAGAGGUAUACAACACACUACACGUAAACUAGCGACAUUUGUCAAGUAGUCG